AUGCCACCUAUAAAAGACGGAGAAGAAAAUAAUAUUGGCAAUAUUGUUGAAAAAUAUAUUAAUGAAAAUGAUGUUAUGAUUUUUUCAAAAUCUUGGUGUCCAUAUUGUAAAAAGAUAAAAGAAGCAUUAACAUCUGCUAAUAUUCAAUUUAAUUCAAUUGAAUUAGAUCAAAUCGAUCAAGGUCAACUUAUCCUAAAUGAAUUAAUUAACAAAACACAACAAGAAACUGUUCCCAAUAUAUUUAUUAAACAACAACAUAUUGGUGGUUGUGAUAAGACUCUUGAAGCAAUGAAAACUGGUCGAGUUGCUACUCUUCUUAAUCCAACAGAAUCGAAAUUCGAAUCUGAACAAAUAAAUGAUGAUGAUUUAGAUUCGUAUGAUUAUGAUUUAAUUGUUAUUGGAGGAGGUUCAGGUGGACUUGCAUGUUCAAAAGAAGCUCGAUCAUUUGAUAAAAAAGUAUGUGUACUUGAUUUUGUUAAACCAACACCAAUAGGAACAACUUGGGGACUUGGUGGAACAUGUGUUAAUGUUGGUUGUAUACCAAAAAAAUUAAUGCAUCAAGCAUCAUUAAUUGGUGAAUAUGCUAAGGAUUCAAUUGAUUAUGGUUGGUCACAAGUUGAACAAGAUCAUCAACAUAAUUGGUCAAAAAUGAUUCAAUCAAUUCAAUUAUAUAUUCGUUCACUUAAUUUUAAAUAUCGAACUGAUCUUCGUUCAAAAGGUGUUAUUUAUGAAAAUUCUUAUGGACAAUUUGUCUCACCACAUAGAUUAAAAUUAACAGACAAAAAAGGUCAAACGAAAGAAAUAACUGGAAAAAAUAUUGUUAUAGCUGUUGGAGGAAGACCAAAAUAUCCAGAUAUUGAAGGUGAUCAAAAAUAUGGAAUUACAAGUGAUGAUUUAUUUUCUCUUGAAUAUGAUCCUGGAAAAACAAUUGUUGUUGGUGCAUCAUAUGUUGCACUUGAAUGUGCUGGAUUUUUACAUGGAAUUGGUCGUGAAGUUGAUAUAUUUGUUCGUUCAAUACUUCUUCGUGGUUUUGAUCAACAAAUGGCAACAAGAAUUGGAGAUUAUAUGUCAUCUAUUGGAAUUAAAUUUCAUCAUAAAACUAUUCCAACACGUUUAGAAUGUUUAGAACAAGGAAAACCAGGAAAAUUACGUCUUCAUUAUCGUGAAACACUUGAAUCAGGAGAAAUUUAUGAAUCGUAUCAAGAUUGUAAUACUGUUUUAUUUGCUAUUGGACGUGAAGCUUGUACUCAAGAUUUAAAUUUGGAUAAAAUUGGUAUUAAUAUUAAUAAAAUAAAUGGAUUUAAAAUAAAAACAAAAAAUGAACAAUCAAUUCAUGUUCCAUGGUUAUUUUCUAUUGGAGAUUGUAUUGAUGAACAAACUAUGCCUCAUGGAAAACCUUUAGAAUUAACACCAGUUGCUAUUCAAUCAGGUCAAUUAUUAGCUAGAAGAAUUUUUUCAAAUAGUAUUAUUAUGAUGGAUUAUUAUAAUGUUCCAACAACAGUUUUUACUCCUAUUGAAUAUGGUGCAAUUGGUUAUACUGAAGAAGAUGCUAUUACAAAAUUUACUCAAGAAAAUAUUGAAGUAUAUCAUAGUGAAUUUGUUCCAUUAGAAUGGUCAAUAUGUAAUCAUAGAGAAAAAGUUAAAACAAUGUCAUAUUGCAAAUUAAUUGUUGAUAAAAAUACAGGUCGUGUUAUUGGAUUUCAUAUUUUAUCUCCAAAUGCUGGUGAAAUAACUCAAGGUUAUGCUGUAGCAAUGAGACUUGGAGCUCGAAAAAAUGAUUUUGAUAUGACUGUAGGAAUUCAUCCAACAUGUUCAGAAAAUUUAACAACUGUAACAGUGACAAAAUCAUCAGGGGAUGCAGUUUCAAAAGAAGGUUGCUGA